AUGACAUCGACACGGACACGGCCUAUUGAAAAGUUUGCAAAGGCCACUUCUAAGUGCGCUGUAGAGGCAGCGGCAUAUGGCAAGUGCAUCGUUGCCGAUUACCAAGGAGUGCAUAAAGACAUGUGCUCAAAGGAGUUUAUGAAGCUGAAAGAUUGCUUCCUGGCAGCAUCUAAGAAGGGUUGA